AUGAUGGUGAUGGUGAGGCCGUGGCCUUGGCUUUUCUUGUCACUGGUAGCGUUGGCCUCAUUUGCAGCGACCAGGCCAAUCGUGGUCGUCACCAUUGCGCCCAACGCGCUCACGCAUCGCUCGGCCGAGCGCACCUCAAGCUCAGUCGAUCGGCGACAGGCUUUCAACAUUCAUGCCAAUCCCAGCGGGGCGUGGAACAGCACCUUGACUGCGCGCUAUCAAGGCUUGGAACGGGCCAGCUUGGGUCGUGACUUUGCCGUCUCAUAUACCAUGUCACAGUCGCGUCCCAACGCCUCAAAUCCCAACUUGGUUGAUCGCAGUCAUCUUCGUGCCUACUGCACGACGGUGGCCCCGCGGCACCUCAACAACUGGACUGGGCCCCACAUUGACAAUUACUACCCGGCUACCGGCACGGGAUACGUCCCCUUGAACGACCAAGGCGCAGCUGACUUUUGGUCGGCUUACGUUGCCAACUGCCUCUAUCCCACGAAUCAGAGUGUGCGCUACUUGGAAGUUGCCAACGAGUGCGACGUCCACCUGGCAGAAGUGAACCGUACCUGGAAGCAGCUCAUCGCAUUGCACCAGGCCAUUGCUGAUCGUAUCCAUCACGACUAUCCGCCCACACCCACAGCGAGUUUUCUCGUGGGCGGACCAACGCUGGCCUUUCCAGAGUUUCAGCUGAAGAACUUUCGCGUGUGGAACGAGACGACGGUGCCCUUUUUGCAACUGGCGCCAUCAAUUGACUACUUGACUUACCACGUCUACAGCACGCAGCGCUCUCAAGAUCCCUCUGAUACCGUACCUCGUGCUGGCAGUAAUGUCUUGGCACUGGUAGACCUUAUGGCCGCCAGUUCCCUGCACUAUCAACAGCGCUUGUUGCCCCAAGUGAUUAGCGAGUAUGGUCUUAGUUUUGAGCCGGACGCCGUGUUUUACUCGAGCGCCUCGCAAUGGAAUGUUCUUCGUGAAAUCAACAACAAGCUUCUGCGGUGGCUACAGCAGCCGGCCUUGGUGCAAAAGGCUGUGCCCUUUAUUCUCGAUGGAGCUACUUGGUAUCGACCUCCCAAUGCCAGCUAUUCGUAUCCAUACGCACUAUGGCGUAACGUUUCUGGUACCUACCAGGACACCUACCUGGCCUUGUUCUACCCACUUUGGCGCGAUUUUGAAGGAGCCUGGCUCACCGCCACAAGUAGCAGUGCCUCGCUUCCUGUCGUGGCUGCGACCAACGCAAGCCACCUGUUUGUAGCGCUCCAUAACGACUUGGCGAUCAAUACGCCGGUACAACUCCAAUUCCCCCAGCUCAACCUCUCUCACGGAGAGGCACGAUGCCUCCAGUGGAGUGCUCCUGAACAGGCUCCCAUCUUGGUUGCUACUUCAGUUUCUUCGAGCCCCAUCGAUGGAACAGCGAGCUUGAACCUCACUCCAAAUGCCACCUGCAUCAUCUCCUGGCUGCGCCAAUCCGAGCUGCACCGCACCGUGACUGAAUACACAAUGUACGACUCGGCGCACAUUGUCACACCAGUGGCUGCAAAUGCGACCGCACAGGCCCAGCUGAGCCUGCCGGCACCACGGCCGUUGGAUGCCACUUUUGUGGCCGGCCCCCUUCCUUUGCCUCUGCAUUUACUGGGGUCUGGCGUGACUUUGCUCAACGUGACGGUCCAGUUCCGCUGUGAUGGCUACCUUGCCGUGCUUGGGGGUCGCGCACCACGACCCUUGUCCGCAGGCAUGUUCGCUCUGUCUCGACGCGCCGUGCGUCACGCAAAAACACAAGCGUCGGACCCUAACGAUAUCCAGCUCAGCCACGUGCGCAAUGUUGGCAUUGUCGCUCACAUUGAUGCCGGCAAGACCACCACGACGGAACGCAUGUUGUGUCUUGCUGGGGUCACACGAGUCAUUGGCACCGUGGAUGAUGGCAACACGCAGAUGGACUAUCUCAAAGACGAGCGCGAGCGCGGCAUCACGAUUGUCUCCGCAGCGACCACCUUCCAUUGGGGCUCAACCCAGUUCAAUCUGAUUGACACUCCGGGCCACGUUGACUUUACCCUCGAAGUGGAACGGGCACUCCGUGUGCUCGAUGGCGCUGUCUUGGUGCUAGAUGGCGUUGCUGGUGUUGAAGCACAGACCAUCAAAGUCAUGUCACAGGCCGAUCGUUAUAAUGUGCCGGUCAUUGCUUUCGUAAACAAACUCGACCGUUUGGGCGCUGACUUUUCAAUGACAGUCGACUCGGUGCGCAACAAACUCAAGCGCAACCCGCUUGUGCUGCAAGUCCCCGUUACCUCGCCCGAAGGAGGCCUGGAGGUGGUCGUGGAUUUGGUUCAUGCUCGGGAAUAUCGUUGGAACAAUGGCGCCAUGACCGUCGAAGCCUUGGGGCCAGCCCAACAAAGCAUCUUUUCAGAGGGGCGUGCUGCAUUGGUUGAUGCGCUCACCCUAGUGGACGAGGAACUUGCCGAAGAACUUCUGGAGGUGGAUGAUCUGGAUACAGAUGCCAUUGGUCCAGAGCAGCUCACAGCCGCACUGCGUCGCGUCACAUUGGCUCGCGAAGGCCUUCCUAUUUUGUGUGGAGCUGCCCGCCGCGAAAAGGGUGUGGAGCCCUUGCUUGAUGCCAUGGCUGACUAUCUACCAAGCCCCCUUGAUCGCCCUCCCGUUGAGCUUCUUCUUGAGAAUGAAGUCAUGACGUUGCCAGCCGAGGAUCAACAGCCCCUGUCUGCGUUGGCCUUCAAGGUGGUACAAGAUCCCCACCGAGGUCCGAUCGUGUUUGCUCGCAUCUACAGCGGUGUUUUGCAUAGUCGGGCAGUGCUCGUCAACAGCACUCGCCAGGUCAAGGAGCGAGCCACCCGCGUGAUGCGCAUCCAUGCUGAUAGCAAGCCCAAGAAGCUGCUUACUGCCAGGCUACACGGCAUCAAUAUUCCAGAGCCUGUUUUUAGCUGUGUCGUAGAGCCAGAAACUGUCUCUGCUCAGGCCAGCCUAGACGCUGCACUUGCCGCUAUGAUCCGCGAGGACCCCAGCCUGCGGGUCCAUGUGGACGAAGAGACCGGUCAAACGGUUUUGAGUGGCAUGGGCGAGCUUCAUCUUGAAAUCGUUCGCUCACGACUCUUGGAAGAAUACAAGGUCGUGGUUGAAGCAGGCAAGCUGCGCGUGGCAUACCGCGAACGGGUAGGAGCACCAAUGACGGUUACAAGAGAGCUGACCCGAAAUAUCCAAGGCGUUGACAUGUCUGCAACGGCUACCGUUACGGUCGAGCCCACGCCUGAUACAACGCACCCCGAUCCCGUCCUGGCACCGGGUGUGCGCGCCCGGAUCGUUGAGGCUUUUGGAGAGCAAGAGGCCGUGACACUGGAAACUUUGGUGUCAGCGGCACGAGCCGCCAUGUCGCGAGGCGCUUUCAUGGGUUAUCCCAUGCGAAACAGCCGGCUCAUCGUGAAGGAUCUUGAUUUUGCAAUCGGAGUCCCGGCGAGCCUUCUUGCAAAUGCUCUUGUUAAUGCAGCCCGCCAGGCGUUGCGAGAGGGAGGGUGUGAACUUUUGCAACCCAUAAUGGCGCUGCGCGUCGAGGUGCCAGAUGAGAUGGUUGGAAACGUUCUCAAUGAUCUCUCCUCCAAUCGCAUGGCUGCAGUUGGUGACUUGUCCUCAUUGGGAGAUAUGCGCAUCGUCGAAGCUGAGGUGCCGAUUUCAACCAUGAUUGGCUACGCCGCCGCCUUGCGCUCCGUUACACAUGGCAGAGGAAGCUUUCAUAUGCACUUUCAAGAUUAUGCGCCUGUUCCCCAAGCCCAAGCGUUGGCCAUCAAGCAAGGGCUCUAGCAAGAAAAUCCGCAUGUUUUGCACACACAUCAAUUCCAAUCGAAGCAGAGACAU